AUGACCCUAGCGGAGCGGGACGUGCCGGCCUUAGAGAUUAUGAACCCACUAAGGCAGAAGCUAGAAGAACUUGAAUGGCAAUUAGCCAGGGAAGGGAAAGCCGUCGAGUUGAGUGAAAGAGAGAUGCUCAUAAAGGUGCUAAAACAAGUGGAGGCAAAUGUGGAGGAGGCCUGGCCUAAACUGGCGCGAGGCCUAAAGGAGGGGUGUCCCACUGCUGGGAACCUUGAAGACCCUAGAGAAGGAGCAGGACCAGAACAGUCAGGCAGGGGUGUUAAUGAGGAGGGCUUAACAGUCAAGAAACUAGAAGCCUUAAAGAGGGAGGCUCUGUCAGUGGCUCAGGAAUAUUGGGACCUCAGAUGGGACCAGUGGCGGGACCACCAUGCCCAAGAAAUAAAUCAGUUAAGGUGCCAAGUGAGAGAGCUAUCCUUACUGCAGAGUACGGGAGAAAGAGCCGUACGUGGGGCGGUGAUGCCAGAAACAACUCCCUUACCAGAGGGAGAAGUAGCAGAGACAGAACUGAAAUCAGCUAUUGAAGAAAUAUUACCAAGUCUGAAGGAACAAAAUGUUAGAGUCUUCUACCUAAGCAGGACAUCUGAUACGGAUGGGGUUGACAGCUUUCUCGAUAAAAUGGAAAGUGUUUCAGAUGAGCCUACCCCACAGUCAUGGAGAUCAAACGUCACUUUUAAAAGUGCUGCCUUGUAUAUUUAUACCUCUGGCACUACAGGUCUUCCAAAGGCUGCCAUGAUUACCCAUGAACGCAUAAUGAUAGCUUGUGGUUUAGCCACCGCAAGUAAAAUUACUUCUGAAGAUAUAAUAUAUACUACCCUGCCACUGUAUCACAGUGCUGCCCUCCUGCUUGGACUCCACGGAUGUAUCAUGCAAGGUGCAACCUUAGUUUUGCGCUCCAAAUUUUCAGCAACUCACUUCUGGGAUGACUGCAGGAAAUACAACGUAACGGUUAUACAGUACAUUGGAGAGGUGCUUCGGUAUUUGUGCAAUAUGCCAAAGAAAGACAAUGACCGUGAUCACAGAGUGAGACUUGCCAUAGGGAACGGGUUAAGGGGUGAUGUUUGGAGGGAAUUUGUCAAAAGAUUUGGAAACAUCCGUAUUUUUGAGUUCUAUGCUUCAACAGAGGGAAACGUUGCCUUUGUUAACUACACUGAAAAAGUGGGUGCAGUGGGGCGUGUCAACUGCUUCCAUAAGAAGAUUAUACAGUAUGAGCUGGUUAGAUAUGACGUGGAGAAAGAUGAACCAAUCCGAGAUGAAAAUGGAUACUGCAUAAAAGCUCCUGUAGGUGAACCAGGGCUCUUGAUCUGCAAAAUCUCACAGUUUGCUCCAUUUACUGGCUAUGCAGGAGCAAAGAGCCAGACAGAGAAGAAGAAGCUAAGAGAUGUCUUCCGGAAAGGAGAUUUAUAUUUCAACAGUGGUGACCUCUUAGUGAUUGACCGAGACAAUUUCAUCUAUUUCCACGACCGGGUUGGAGACACAUUCCGAUGGAAAGGAGAAAAUGUAGCUACUACUGAAGUUGCAGAUAUUUUAGGAUUGGUUGACUUUGUCCAAGAAGUUAAUGUAUAUGGAGUGCCUAUACCAGGUCAUGAAGGCAGAAUAGGAAUGGCAUCCAUUCGACUAAUGGAAGGCUGUGAAUUCAAUGGGGAAAAGAUGUACAGACAUGUUCAAGACUACCUGCCAACUUAUGCAAGACCUCGCUUUAUCAGGAUUCAGGACAUCAUCGAGGUCACAGGAACUUUUAAGUACCGUAAAGUGCAGUUAGUGGAGCAGGGCUUCAACCCAGCAGUUGUCAAAGAUGUCCUAUAUUUCCUAGAUGACAAAGAAAAGAUGUAUGUGCUGAUGACACCUGCCAUUUAUGACUCUAUACAAAACCACAGUAUAAGACUGUGAGUGUCUAAAAUGAAUCUUUUGUAAUAUUCAGUUUUUAAAAUAUAUCCUAACUUCAGAAAGUCUAGAAAUCCAUUUUUAUGUAUUGAUGAAGGUUACAGUAGGUUUGUAUUUGAAAUCAUGCUUGAAUCCGACUUUUACUGAUUACAGAAUGUGAAAAAUAUUUUUCUUUAUUCCUUUGCUCUGCAAACUGCCUGUGAACGACUGUGAUGCAGACCAUUGCUGUCUGACAGAACAAUUCUGGCUCCUCCUCCCUUGCCCCAAACAUCAUCCACUCCUUUUGUCUUAUUGUUCCCUUCCGCCCUUUCUCAAGCUGUCCACGCAGCCUCUUACCUUGUGCACUAUCAUUCCAUUUCCUACUUCACUCCUUUCAGCUCACCUUCCACCAUCAACCUCUAUUUUUAUGCCAUCUGUUCCUGUUCUUAUGUCUAACCUUAUUCUCCCAUGCUAUGAUUUAGGAAAGCAUUUAAGUACAUGAUCAAAUUCUUUCCUGAAUUAGCCUCCAAAAUAGAAUCAGAGGAAGGAGAAUUCAGAAUUAGUAAGACAUAUAGUCUAGCUCAUUAGCCAGAUCACAUUCUUGUUGUGUUUCUGUGGUGAUUCACUAUGUUAUAUAUAUAAUUUGUAAUCUCUUCUGGAGCAGGGACCUAUUGUCUUCUAUGUCUUCUGGCUUCUGUGGUGCUAUAUAAAUAAUAAACUGUAAUGCUGUAUUAGUUGUUCAGGAAUGUAUGUUCAAACACCACCCAGUCCCAAAUACCACCCAGUCUUUGAAGCUCUACCCCAAGAGCACUGCAUCUGUACCCUCCUUUUUGUGCCCUUUGCCAAUACACUGAGUCUUCAUAGAUCAUUACUCUGCCCAGAGAUAUCAGCACUCAGAACCGUUCAGAUUUCUGAGCAGUUAAUCUCCUAUGCUGCCCAUCAUCUGCACACAAUUUCCACUGACUUCAGCCUGCCAGAGUUACUCAAUCCUUUCAAGAGAUUUUCUGUCAACCAGUUGGGGCCCUGUUUUGAAAAUAAGAAGGGAGGAAAGAAGCAACACCUGGGCUGUGUGCAUACACAACUAGUGCUACUUCAACUACACCAAAAGCAGUGUAUUUAAAAUCGUAUUUAAGACAGUA